UAUUUUAUUACACUGUAUCCGUAUUUACUGAUGACUUAUGGGAUAGGAAUCCGAAAUCUUAGUUUUGUUUACUUUUUCUCAUUUUCCACCCAACAAGUAUUCAACAGUCAGGAUUUACAUUUCCGAAAUUUUAUUAACUUUCUUUUGUGUAACAUUUAAAUAAAUGUUUUAAAAUGGCCUUUGAGCAUCAACCAGGUAUGGCAAUCGAAUGCUUAAGUAUUCCGAUAAAAUUAACUAAAGAACCAGGCUUGGAUCCGCAAGGAAGAGAGGUGUUGAAAUGUGGUUUUAAAAUAGCUGGUGGAAUUGAUCAAGAUUUUAGAAAAAGUCCUGAAGGUUAUAAAGAUAAUGGUAUUUAUGUUAUCGAAGUUUAUGAGAAUAGCCCAGCUGCUAAAUGUGGUCUAAAACAGCAUGAUAAACUGUUACAAGUCAAUGGAUACGAUUUUACGAUGGUGACUCAUAAACAAGCUGUGGAAUACAUAAAAAAAGAACCUGUUUUAAAUAUGUUGGUUGCACGAAAAGGUGUUACACAAUCGUGAAAGAGUCGCAUCAUACUAUCUAACAAUUUAUGUAGCAUUUAAGGAUUUAUUUACAAUCACUUGUGAAGUGUAAAUAUUUACGUUUUACAUAAUAAGUAUUUGUAGUCUUUAUAUUCUCUUUUUGGCAUAAUCAUCCUGGCAAAUAUUAUUUGCUUUGUGACGUAUAAAUCGAGCUUUCACUGUUUGUAUAUAAUUGCUGUCCUUUAAGAAUCUCCUAUUUGUUAGAAAUACAGUUAUUUACUAUAUUUAAAAUUGUUAUAAUUCUCUUAUAGAUGAUAGGAUACAAUUUUCAGUAUCUUUCAAUCUAUGUCUAAUUUCUUUAGCUCUUUCAAUGUGGCGCAACUGUUUGUUAUUGAUGGCAUAUAUAAUGUGAAAAAUUUGUGAUGUGUCGUAUUAGUUAUAGCUUUGCCCAUCAGUUUAAACAACUACAGAAAUCUGUAUAGAAAUAUUUGUUUAAAAAAAUAGUUUAGAAUUAAUAUUCAUGUGUAGAUUUGGCUAUGUUGUAAGUCAGGUAAUGGAGCUUUGUUAAGUUACAUGAAAGAAGUAACUAUGGAUUAGGGAUAUAUAUAUUCAUACCAACUAAAAUUGCUAAGAUGCCAAGUGACACUCUCUUAACCUUAUAUUUAGAAGAAAUUUAAAAAUAACGUUUAGCGGCGUACCUUUAGGUGACUGCUGGGCUCACUCUUCGAGUAGACCUGAUUCUGUUAUGUUUUUGUAAUUUUAGUUCUUCACAUAAUUUAGUAAAUAAGAAUGAGGAAAAAUCUGUGUAUAUUCUAUAACAGGGUGCGUAGCGUUUGUAAAAAGUACUUAAAGGUGCUUUUUUGUGGAUAUCGUUUUUAAAAGCUUUUAAAUGUGCUUUUUUCAGCUGGCGUUUUUAAUAAAUGUGCUUUUUUUC